AUGCUUGAAGGUUAUGGACCCGUGGCACAAGCCUUCUUCGGCACCCUUUUCACAUGGUCUCUCACCGCAGCAGGAGCUGCUGUUUGCUUAUUUGUACGAGGCUCACAGAGAAGACUACUGGAUGCAAGUCUUGGUUUUGCUGCAGGCGUAAUGACUGCAGCUUCCUUCUGGUCCCUUUUGGAACCUGCUUUGGAACAGGCUGCCUCGUCUAAGAGGUAUGGAGAAAAUGGCGAGUUCGCCUUUGUUCCAGUCGGCGCCGGUUUUCUCUUGGGAGCUUUGUUUGUCUUUGGUGCCGAUAGGCUAAUAACAGUGCUGGGGGUGCAUUCACCAAAUAUGAUGUUAGCGUUAAAUACACCAAGUAGUCGAAGAGAUAGUCGUCGCAGUAGCGCGCGCAGAGAUUCACACUACAUGCCGGACACGACUACCAUUGAGGGAUUCACAGAAACAGGAGGAGCGCUGCACCAGAGAAAGGGGGUAGGUAUAAAGUCUGUAGUAGUACAGAAAGAUAUUGAAGAUAAAGUUCGUAUGCAGAGUUUCGACGAAACGGAAGACUGCAACAUCGAGGAGAUCCAAAAAGGCCAGUGGAAGAGAAUUAUUCUAUUGGUUGUCGCCAUUACCGUCCACAAUAUUCCAGAGGGUUUGGCUGUUGGUGUCGGCUUCGGGGCUAUAGGAACUUCACAGUCUUCGACAUUAGAGAAAGCCAGAAAUCUUGCAUUUGGUGUUGGUAUCCAGAACUUUCCUGAGGGGUUAGCUGUAAGUUUGCCGCUGCAGGCUGCUGGUUUUUCAACAUGGAAAAGUUUAUGGUAUGGCCAACUCAGUGGUAUGGUGGAGCCAAUCUUUGGUGUAUUUGGAGCGUUUGCCGUAAGCUUCGCUGAACCUGUUCUUCCAUACGCUCUGGCAUUUGCUGCUGGUGCCAUGAUUUACGUCGUAGUAGACGACAUCAUUCCCGAGGCCAAUACUGAAGGAAAUGGUAAACUAGCCACAUGGGGAGCCGUAAUAGGAUUUUUGGUCAUGAUGGCUUUAGAUGUAGGACUUGGAUAA